AUGGGAUUUUUUUUGCCUGCUCUGUUUGUGGGGGGUUUGGGAAUGACCCAGCAUCUCGCGUCUCGGGAACUGGACGAUCUGCUGCGGCAAGCUGAGCAGCCGCUCUUUGGUUUCUGGUGGGGCGUCGGUUUCGGCGUCAUCAUCGGCGUUUGGGUUGGCUACAAUUUCUCUUCUUUCUUCUUCCGACUGAAGCACGUCUCUGAAGCCCUCUGGGAUCUUCUCGCUCUCGGCAACGCUCCAGAGACCGAGGAGACGCAAACGGGCGAAGAAGAACAGCCUCGCGACCGCAUCGGACGGACCCCAAAUCCCAGCGGUUUCCCCGACUGCAUGCAAGGCGUCAGAAGAGCCGAGUCCGGCGCUGCGUCGUGGACACGUGGAAGCGGAAGAUAA